GCAGCGUUUAUAGGGAGCGAGGGGAGGCGGCGUUUGCAGGAGCGCAGCGGGGAAAGGAAGGGAAGGGAAGCGGCAGAGGAGGCGGUUCCCGCUCCCGCUGUGCGAGUGCGCCCGGCUCGGUGCGUGCGGGCCGGCGGCGGCGUGGCCAUGGCCUCCAUGGCGGCGGCGAUCGCCGCCUCCCGCACGGCGGUGAUGAACGGCAACCGGCCGCUGGACGAGCGGGAGCGCAAGCGGUUCAGCUACUUCUCCUCGCUGAGCCCCAUGGCGCGCAAGAUCAUGGCGGAGAAGGAGCGGAUCCGCGAGCGCUACGGGCCCGAGUGGGAGCGGCUGCCGCCCCGGCAGCAGGACGAGAUCAUCGACAAGUGCCUGGUGGAGCCGCACGUCCAGGCCCGCUACGCCGCGCACCGCGGCGCCGCCCGGCCCGCCGCGCCGCCCGCCUCCUACCCCAGCCUCCGCCUCAACACGGGCCAGAAGAGUCAUUCUUCAAUUUUAUUUCAGGACAUAACUUGGCAAGAUGAACACUCAGCUCCUUUCUCCUGGGAAACAAAGAGUCAGAUGGAGUUCAGUGUUGCAUCUCUGUCCAUACAAGAACAAAGUGGUACCCAGUUGCAAAAUGAACAGAGGCAGGCAGUUAAAGGAGCACCUGGUGUCCAAGUUCCUAAAUCUUCUCAGGCUAAUAAGACCCCUGGCUCUGAUGGGCUAAUAGCAUCCAGAAAGGAAGAGGAGUCCUCUUUCUGGAAGAUAAAUGCAGAGCGCUCGAAGUUUGAAGGAGACAAAUCUGAGUUCCAGUCACUGACCCCCAGCCAGAUCAAGUCCAUGGAAAAAGGGGAGAAAUCCCUUCCCUCUUUCUACAGACAAGAGUCUACUCCAAAGGAGAUGGCAAAAGCAGAGAAGCCCAGCAUAACUAAACCAGAGAAGUCUGUCACCCCUAGUCUACCUUCUCUGGAAUGGGAAAAACCUCGACCCAGUCAACUCCCUUCUAGUUCUCUAGAUGACUUCUUUCUUCCUGACCCACCACGGGACCUGGCACCUGCUAGGACAACCAGCGAAGAUACUGAUGGUAUUAUACUUACAGAUCCACAAAUUUCUGGACAGAGUAAUACAAGCAAUGUUAUCUUGAAGACUGGCUUUGAUUUUCUAGACAACUGGUAAAAGAUGCUUCAAAAUAGUUUAAUUUUGAGGAAGGAGUGGAGCAUUUUCUCCUUGUAUGUUAAUUUACUAGCAUCUGUGUCUUUUUCUAGAAGUAACUUUCAAAAUCUUAAAUGUUGCCUUUGUAUAAACUUUUGUAACACCAGAUGCAUUUUUGGUUUUUUAAACAGUGAUAGAAGUGUGGUCUCAUUUGGAUUUUUUUAAAUACCUGUUAACUUUUUUUUGUAGUUAUUGUAUUGAGAGGAUGGAGGAAGGUUACCAUGUAUAUGUUAAAAGAUAAACAAAUGAGACUCUACAUCCUUGAAAUGGCACCUACAGGAACAAGUUGCUGUUUUCAAUUGAAAUCUUGCUAGCAUGGCUUGUAAGUAAUAGCACAGAACACGCAGUGGUUCCAAAUAAACAAGUAAUUCUGUACUUCAAAUAACUAGCAAAAAAGGUGUGAAAAAUCAGCAUACAGAAGAGUUGCAUUAAUUUCUGUAUUUCAUUUAGAGUGUAACUUUUGUACCAGUUAUUUGCAAACACUUCUCUUUUGAAGAGGACAAAGGCAUUGCCAAAAUGACAGAUCCAAAGAAGCACUGUGUUUGUACCCAACAUAUCUCAUAAAAUAGUCAGACGGGUGUAGGAAAGUGAUGGGGGGAGUGUUUCUGGUUUUGGAUUAAAGAUUGAAGAGGAAGAAGGGGGGUGGGGAGUUGGAAGAAAACCCUACUGGAUGGGAGAAACUGUCUUCAGGGAACGUAAGCCUAAAGGCUUCGCUGCCUCCUUGCUAGAACAUAACUUUUCAUAAUAGUAGUGCUGGAAGUGCAGCACUGGCAAUUGCUGGAGUGUAGAUUACCUUUAUUUCAGGAAACCACUAUGUUCAUGGCAGGUGGUAGCAGUAUAAGGCUUCUCUGUUUUUUAAGCAGCUUAUCUAUCCACUCAAGGACUCAACUUCGGUGCUUUUUCUCCUUGUGGGUACAUUCUCUUCAGCAUUCAGGGUGUGGGUUACAUUUGUUCCUGAGAUGCAAAGUGGCAUCUCUGGGUGGCCCUCAGCAGGAUUGUCUCCAGUUCUAGGUUCAAAUGGUCUUUGCUUGGUGUUUUAAAUGUAGAGAACAAGACUAGAUGUCAUUUGAAUCUGCCGUCUCUGAAAUGCAGCAUGAUUUACACACUGACUCUCACUGUGUUUACCUCACCUUGAAGCCUUAAUUCCCCCUACGCACAACCAGUGAAUGGUCUGCUCCAAUGCCAAAGGUUUGACCUUUCCCUUUACCUCAGCAAUAGUCCCAUAGCAUUUGUUGGAGGUAGAAAGCAAAACCCAGGGCUCUAAAUGUGUCUAAUGGGUUCAAGCCAAAGCUAUAAGAAGGUCACCCUGUGCUAGACCAUAAUUGUGCCAGGCUUCUCGUGCAUUAGCGUUUGACAUUUGGUUAACUGCCAGUGGCAGUUAAAUGUGCAGAAUUGGAUGAUGCAGGACUUUCUUCUGCAUAAUGCAGGUCUGUUACAGGAAGAGUUUUAAAAGUCCUGGAGAAGCCUUGCCUUGAAUUGUUGUACUGCUUGCUUUGAACAAGCAUUGUAUGCUGAUAGAGCACUAAACCUUAUCUCUUGAUCAAGGAAAAAGCUAUAAGCUGGCAAAAAAAAAAAAAAAAAAAACAAAAAAAACAAACACCUCCAGUUUUUCUAGUAAGUGUUUUCUUAAAAGGUUUCUUAGCUAAAGAGGGAAAGCCACAGAGUAUAGGUCAUUGCACAGCCUUAUUUAUAGAAUUCUAAGAGCUUCUUUGCAUCCUUGCUGGGAUGUACAAGCUACUGUAAUUCAUGGAUAUUGUCUCUGCAUUCAGCAGUUCAGAAAAUACUUCUGUUGUUUUUAUAGGCCUAAACUUUUCUGCUGUUUUUUUUCCUAGCUGACCUUUUUAGGAUUUGUUACAGGCAUCCAGCAUUAGUAUAGCUUAAAACAGCUUUAGCACAAAUUCUUUAGGUGUAUAAUUAGUACUGACUUGCACCUUCUUGUCAAAGCUGACAAAUGCUAACCUCGGGUUUUACAGUUAUGAAUGAUUCUAAUUUUCUAUACACUCAGCUAUUGAGAAGUUUUAAAUCCAACCUAAAGAUGUGCAUUCUAACCUUACUUAAAGCAAAAUCUCUUACUGUUGAGGAGUGUUCUUUUAAAUCUCUGCUAAACACAUUAAAGCUUCUUAAAGAAGAACCUGGGCUGUCUGUCUCUUCCAUUGGCUAACUCUACCCUAAUACACGUUGGGACCAGCUGGUAGAACAUGCUGCAGAACUUUUUACUUAUCCUCGUAGGUUUUUUCCUGUGCUUUGACAAAAGUUGAUGCUCCUCCUUCUUUCAUAUGUUUUUAUUAAACAUUCUUACAGAACAAUUGUACUUGGUCACAUUUUAUAUUAACAAUGUUUUAAUAAAGUCACUUUAAAUAGAA